GCCGACCGCUUCGGCGUGCGCUCUCUCGGCGAGGCGAGCACGAAGCUCAUCAAGCGGACGAGCCUCGAGCCCACUCCCGACCGCGAGACUCGGAGGAUCUGCCGCGUCGCGGCGACGCCGUACGAGGCCUCGCUCGUCUCCAGGAGCCUCGGGCUCCCGCUCCACGUCGCGUGCGUGGAACCUCGGUCGGAGCUUCGGGAGCGCGCCGACCACGAUCACCAGCGGGCGACGCUCCUCUGGCAGUCCCACGUGGGCCCCGUGGUGGUCUGGCGCCCAGACAGCGCGCCCGUGUCGUCUGACGCCAUGUGCACCUUGCCAGCACGUUGGCGGUUGCUGCGCGGAGGGUGA